UUUUGAACUUAAUGUGUCAUAUAUGGACCUGAAUCAGUGUUUUUCACAUGAACAAGAUUGAGUUUUGCUAAAUUUACACAAGGGAAUUCUCAUUUUAUUUCUUCUGUGUAAGAGUUAUCCGGUUACAUGUGUUAUCCACUUUGGAGACAAUGUUUUUCCGCAGCUAUAAAUACCAGAUAUAGUGAAGCCAACUGCAGCUUCCAGGCCAUAUUUAAUUUCGGAGAUUCAAAUAGUGAUACCGGAAGUAUGCCGAUGUCUUCCCCAAACGGCAUGACCUAUUUCAAAAAACCUGCUGGGCGGAGCUGUGAUGGAAGGCUCAUCAUAGACUUCUUAGCUCAAGCUCUGGGGCUUCCAUCUCCGAACCCUUAUUCACAAUCAUCAGGCGGGGGCGGGGCUGAUUAUACACAUGGUGCCAAUUUUGCAUCACAGGGAGCUACAGUGAAGCCGCCUGAUUCCUCCAACAAGGAUUGGGUGAGCAAGUACUAUCUGCCCAUUCAGCUUAACCAAAUGAAAACUUUCGCAUCCUCAAUCUCCAAAGGAGGAGGGUCUUCCAAUCUUCCUUCAGCAGAUAUAUUAGGAAAAUCUCUAUACGUUAUUUAUAUCGGUCAAAAUGAUGUGACUGGAGUCUUAGGAUCAGCUGGCGUUGGUGGGGUGAAACAGAAUCUUCCUCAAGUGGCUAAUGAAAUCGUUAACACUGUUAAAGAGCUAUAUGGAUUGGGCGGACGUACAUUCAUGGUGCUAAACACGGGGCCUAUGGGUUGUUAUCCAGCGUUUUUAGUGCAGUAUCCUCAUGGCGAUUCUGAUGUAGACCAGGCCGGAUGCAUGACUUCCUACAACAAUGCUGUAUCAGAGUUUAAUCAGAUGCUUAAGGGUGCAUUGUUCGGAGCAAGACAACAACUUCCCGAUGCUAAUCUUGUAUAUGUGGAUACGUAUUCUGCAUUGUUGAAUAUCUUCCAAAAUCCCUCAUCUCAUGGAUUAAAAUACAGCACAACAACUUGUUGUGGAGCGGGUGGAGGGGCUUAUAAUUUUAAUCCGCAAGUCAUGUGUGGUAAAUCGGGUACUGUAAAUGGAUCAAGUGUUACAGCAUCAGCUUGCGGGGAUCCUUACAAUUACAUAAGCUGGGAUGGGGUGCAUACAACGGAAGCUGCCAACAAGAUUGUGGCCAAUGCCAUUGUCAGCGGAUAUUAUACUGAACCUGCUUUUGAUCUGCAUAAGUUUUGCGAUGUUCAGCCUAUCGGUUGAUGUCGUAAAUCUGUUCUUAAACUAAAUAUAUAUAUAUAUAUAUAUAUAUAUAUAUAUAUAUAUAUAUAUAUAUUGAAGCCGAUGUAAUAUGUAAAUAAGCUAUUGAGCGGAUGAGUGUUUGGUUUGUUCAAAUAUGUAAAAUGUUGCCGCUCAAAAGUUCUAGUCAUGUAUAAAAUGUUCGAAAAACCAAUUAGUAAUAUAUAUUUUCUCGUGUAAAA